AUGUCUCCUCCCCACGUUCCCCCCGCUGGCAUCUGGGUCCCCGCCGUCACCCCCUUCGACCACUCAACCGACACCCUCGACGUCGAGGCCUUCAAGAAAUAUACCCACUACCUAUCCUCCCACCUCACAGGCCUCGUUAUCCUCGGUACGAAUGCUGAAGCCUUCCUCCUCACGCGCGAAGAACGAUUCGCUGCCAUCAAGGCCGCCCGCGAAGCCGUUGGCCCCGAUUACCCAAUCAUGGCGGGAGUUGGCGCGCACUCCACAAAGCAAGUCCUCGAGCUUGCGGACGAUGCCGCAAAAGCGGGCGCAAACUACCUGCUCGUGCUGCCCCCUGCGUACUUCGGCAAGGCGACCACCCCGGCUGUCGUCAAGCGAUUCUUUGCAGAUGUUGCGGCCAAGGCGCCUUUACCAGUUGUGAUCUAUAACUUCCCGGGUGUUACGAACGGCGUUGAUAUUGACUCGGAGAGUAUUGUGGAUAUUGUGAAGGCGUCUAAGGAGGCGAACGGUGGAAAGAGCAACGUCGUUGGUGUGAAGCUCACAUGUGCCCAGGUCGGGAAGAUCACAAGACUCACAGCUGCUUUGACGCCUGAGGAGUUUGCGGUCUUCGGUGGACAGUCCGACUUCUUGAUCGGUGGUCUUUCUGUUGGGUCCGCUGGAUGUAUUGCUGCGUUCGCGAAUGUCGUUCCCAAAACAAUUAUGCAGAUCUACCGGCUAUACAAGGCUGGAGAGGUGGAGGAAGCUCUGGCUCUGCAUCGCAAGGCUGCGCUGGCCGAGUCUCCAUGCAAGAGCGGAAUUGCGUCUACCAAGUAUGCUGCCGCGAUCGUGUCGGCUUCUAGGGCGGGCAUCGAAGGCGCAGAGGAGAAGUUCAAGCCGAGGACUCCGUACGAGGAGGCCGGAGAGCCUGCAAAGGCCAACGUGAGAAAGGUCAUGGCUGAGAUCAUAGCUAUUGAGGAUAGCCUGUAG